CCGGCUACUGCCUGACCAGCCUGGCCGCCGGCCUGGCCCUGCUGGGGGGUCUGAGCCAGGCCGGGCCGCCCCCCGCCAGUCCAGUGCAGGAGCUCCAGCGCGCCCUCAGCCUCUGGGAACAGCGAAGGCUCCCCCCGACCCAGGGCUGCCAGCACCUCCUCCGGGUGGCUUACCAGGACCCCGUCCACGGCUGCACCUCCAAGACGCUGGCCCUGCCCCCAGGCUCCUCGGCGGCCGCCCUGGCCCGGCUCUGUGCCGCCAAGUUCCGGGUGUCGAGGCCCGAAGCCUUCGGCCUCUUCCUGCACGGCCAGGAGGGCUCCCUCCGCCUGGCGCCCGACGCCCUGCCCCACGCCCUGGCCGGCCCCGGCUACCUCCUCUACGGGCCGCUGGACGGAGCCCCCGAGGCUGAGGGGGGGGACCCCCAAGCGCAGGGAGCCGAGGAGGAGCUGGGGGGGGCCGUGAGGAGGGACCAAGGGCCCCCCCAGAGCCCUGCUGAGUGACCCAAUAAAAACGUUUGUCAGCA